GAGCUAAGCAAACACACUCUAUCGACCGCACAAAAGGCGUACCUGCACAGCUAGGGUAAAAAUUUGUGUAUUGAUUGCCGCGCACGUCGCUACUCCGAUCACUGCGAGUCCUGUAUGAACGGCGCCAUGAGCGGGACCCUCCGCCGGCCCAGGUCGCUCCAGGCCCUGAACCUCCCCAGCCCCACAGGUAAGAAAGCGAGCGGGAAAACCAGCACCACGACCAUCACCAUCACCAAGGACAACCCACUGGCUGGCGGACAGAGGAGCGAACACGAGCGCAAGGUUUCCAUGGUGACGGUGUCCCACUACCCUUCGUACGUUGGUUGGCUGCUGGGGUUGAAGGACACGGUCACGGUCGCCUACACCAGCCCGCGAAACCUCCGCAAGAGCCUCCAGGACAUCUUCUGUCUCGGCGUCCUAUCCGGCAGACGUCUUAUUUUGGUGAGGGAAGACAACAGCAGCGGUGUGCUAAAGCUGCGGCCGUCCCUGCCUGUCUACUACUCGGAGGAGACGUGGGGAGAUCUCCCACAAGACAUCGGUGCGGUGUACACCUUACAGCAAACGUCAGUUGUGACCUACGUGCGGGACCAGGCACUGCGGCCAGUGGAGAUAGUAGCGAGUCUUCCCGACAGGCUAUUGGGUAAGACCGACAGCCAAUCAGAAGAGCUCGCCCUGGCUCACGUGACCGAGCUCAUCCCGGAGAUAGUGGACAGCCCUGAGUCACCCUCAGAAGUGAAGAAGACACCCACACCCACAUCUCCAUCAAAAAUGUCCAGAUCCAGAACAGAUUUGAGAUCUAGAACCAUCCACUGAUGUUUUCCUGGCGACUUUUAGCUUCUUUAUAAUAGCCUCAGAACAUUCAUGAAAAUUUAGAUAGUAAUAGGCCUUCCUUUGAGUAAUGUUCGGAGUGGAUGUUUCCUGUUUAACUAGUCAAAAUCCGGAAAUACGACAAAUACCAGUAUUCGUUAUAUAUGUACUCGUAUAUGGUUUAUUAUGUACAUUUUGUUACCAAUCUUGUUUACAUUUUGCCUUUCUCUUGUGUGAAUACUAGCUUGUGGUCAUUCUGCCAAAUGGCUCACUGUAGGAUUUGUAAUGCAGUGUAACAUUAAUAGGCUACGAACAGCAAUGAUAAAAGAGCUGUUUAUACGUCUAGAAAAAUGAUCUAUUGUUACAUUUAAUCCCUUAGGAACACACAACAUUAGCAGCUAGACAUAGGAAGACAACUAAAGUCUUUUCAAAAAGUCUCUGGUUACAUAAAAUAAAAUGAAAUGGUGAGAAUAUUUGACUACCGUUAUAUGUACGAGCUUACGAUUGACACAAUUAUGAUCCCUCAAUACCAUUCAUACGAUAGAGAAAACCAUGAAUGCAUAUAUGAUUGUCUGAGAAGAAAAGGAUAUUUUGUCAACUUGGUAAUAACGCUAACCUUUGGCAUCGGUAUUGGUGCAGAUAGCCUUACUCCACGACGACUUUUAUAUUCACUUACGUCGGGGUCUCACUUUGAAAUCUUUGGACGACCAAGGACAUUAUACUUUGGGACGAAAAAUGUUGAAUACAUAGCUUGGUUCAAUAAAAGAUAACCACAGUU